GAAUACUCUAUAUUACAUGUGUACAUAUGUGUGUUGAACAUUUUGGCUCUACUUAACAAGUAAUGUGUUAUUGAACGUUUUGUCUGUCAUUCGGACAAAUGUGAAUGCUAAGGCAAAACGACUGACGUCUACAUAAACAUUUUGUAGUGUAAAGUUAAAUUGUUUAUCAUUUAUCUAGUAUUUCUAUAUAUUAACCUUUUUUGCCGUUUUCAUAUUUACAAAUAAUUUGAUAUCACAUAAAUGAUCUGUAUAUAUACAUAUAGAAGCAUUAUUAUGACUAAGAACACGCGAAGCAAUUUUUAAAGAAGUAAUAGGCUCUUUUAACUGUUUCUUAACUGUACACACAGGGUAGUCGACGAAAGUCGACAAAAAGACGUUGAGAUUACCAAAUCAAUUUUAUAGAAAUUAGUCACACUACUAUUACAAAAUAGAUUUCAAUUGCAAACUGUUGAUUACAUAUACAAAUAGCCAAGUUCAUGUUGAUUGAAAAUAUUACAAUGUCGAUUGAAAAAAAUUACAACAAAAUAAUUUUCCAAUAUCUAUGUAAAUAUCCAUGCUUCUCUCUUCCCCUCUUUCUAAGUAAGACAACAAGUAAUUUAAAAUAUUAGCUUUUGUUACAGCCAUUACAAUAGAAAUUUGCUAAUAAUUGGAUUGAGUAUUUUUAUGCAAAUUCAUCUUUUUGAGAAUAUAGAUAGGGAGGAAAAUUCUUUUAUCACAUUAUACGCACUUUAUGUAAUUUUACACUUUAAAAUUUCCUAUGAAUACCUAAUAUGGUCAUCUACUGAGAAUAUUCAAUAUACGGGAUGAAGGUAACCGGAACCACUUCGAUCACUGUGCAUGUCAUGAUUUUAGUGACAAAUUUUUCAGAUAUAAGUUGGUUUCAAAGAUGCACAGAAGGUCAAGUUUUGUUUUUUGUGAACUGCUCGAAUUCAAGUUACUAUUUUUAGAGGUAUCGCAGUGGCUACAGUUAUGCCACUUAUAAACUAAUGUAUUUUUAUAUGAAUAGGUUAAUUCUUUUCUAUAUAGGAUUAUGAGUUGGAUCGACUAACAUAAUAAAAAGUAUAUGAUUUUAUUUAAAAAGAUAGAUCUGACCUUCAUAUGUAUUUUCGCAUUCUCCUACAAAGACACUAAUCGCGUCAAAUUCUGUCCUCUUUGCAACCAUUCAACUUUUAUCUGAAAUACUUUUCACUAAAAUAGUGAAGAUGUAGUGAUCGAAGUGGUUCCAGCUGUAUGACCUGUUCGUGUAUGUAUAUACAUACAUUUAUGCUAAGGGACUGUUUCUUGUGUGUACUUGUACCUCUCAUAGGUGAAAAUAAAUCAACGGUGUAAAGGAUCACUUACGAUGGUAGAAUUAAAAAUUUUCGCGCGAGAUUAAGAAAUUAUGUGCCUGUUUCUGUAAGCAAUUCAGCUAUCGAGUAUAAGGCGAUGUGACCAAUUCGUCAAAAAUCGUGUCGAAUAAAUUGUCUGUUCUUAGCCUAAAUCUUCUAGAUAAAUGCAACUGUAUGAAUUUGUAUGAAAUAUUUUAGGAGACCACAUUUCUAUAUGUUAUACGGAUCCAUUGUGGGGUACUGCAAACAGAAGACACCAUCUUCUUAAAACAAAAUUUUUUGAAUGUACUUGUGAUCGAUGCAAGGAUCCCACAGAAUUUGGAACAAUGUUUAAUGCUUUAAAGUGCAAUCGAAUGAAUUGUCCAGGAUACAUGUUACCAAAAACUUUUUUUGAACAGGAACAGGAUUAUAUAUGCAAAAUUUGUGAAUCAAUUGUUCCUUAUGCGGAAAUUGAAAAAAUAUUAGAAAAUAUUGGUAUAUACCUUUCAACCAUGAAGAAAAAUGACAUUAUUGCAUGUAAAGAAUUUAUAAAUCGUCGUUACGAAAGUACUCUCCACCCAAAUCAUUUUUACAACAUUGAUGUAACGAUUGCUCUGGCUCAAUUGAUUGGACAACAAACUGGAGGAUUAGCAGCAGUAGAAAAAGAUCUUCUCAUCGAGAAAAUAGAAUUAUGCAAAAAACUGGAUAAAUUGCUCAAGACACUCGUUCCUGCUGAAAAUCGAAUUCGAGGCCUGAUUCUUUUCGAAUUACAUGCAGCCCACGCAGACCUUAGUAGGAGACAUACAGAAAUGGAGAUUUUAGUGCCAUUAUUGCAGGAGUCAAAGAAGUAUUUAGUUGAUGGCUAUCAAUUACUGAAGUACGAACCAAAAGUUCUACCGGAAGGAAAAAUAGCUCAACAUGCAGAACAAAAUUUACACGAAAUAAAUAAGCUCUUAAAACGAUUCAAUGUAACAUAAACUUUAUCAGUACGUAGUUUGCUAAGUAAGUUCUACGUUUGGGAGUAAAUAUUAAACGAAAAACAAAACUGUAUAUAUACAUAGCCUUCGUAAGCAACAAACAUAUCGAAAUAAAAUUGUUAAAAAAAUUUUAAUAAGUAUAAUUACAAGCGGUAGUUAUCAUGUAUUAGCAUUCUUUGAUUGAGGAGUUCAUUUUUAGCACAUGUUAGAAAAAUUAACACAUGAAUCAAUGAUAUAAUUUAUAUUAACGUUCUCUUAAUUUGGUAAGUAAUUUUAGAAACUUCUAACGAAUCAACAAUCUUAGUUCUUCUGAAAGGGAUACGACGAUAGAAUAAAUUCUCCACAUGCUUUAUAUAUAUUUUGCCGGCAGCGAAAAAUACUGAAAAAAUACCGAAUGUACAACAGAGAGGGAUAUAGUAGGGGUACAAUACAGUACAGGGCGGAAACGAUAGAAAAAGAUUAAAAGUUUAUGUAUCAGGGAAUAUUACCGUUGCAACGACAAACCUUCUUUCUUUUCGGUUCCUUGUGAAAAAAGAUUUUGCUACUGACGAACCUUUUUUGAAUAAAGUGAGAUCGAACAUGA